AUGGCAAAUCUCUUCACGGUUCACUGGGCCGUUUCGACGGUUAUGACCCGACAGAACAAAGUGCCGGUAAAUUUGGCAGAAUUCGACGGUAUGGACUAUACUCUCGCACUGAUUCCUUUCUGGGACAUGGCAAAUCACGCCUAUCCCGAUGUCAAGGAGCAAGAAGACCGAUGCGUUGCAGAAACAUGCUACAACGCAACCCACGAGCAGUUAGAGUGUACACUAACGCGCGAAGUAUCCGCCACCGCUCCAGUUCCCAUCUUUAUCGUGUACGGCAAAAGGACGGAUGCGGAAUUUCUCGUUCACAAUGGAUUUGUCUGCCCACGAAAUCCUUACACGAGUGCACAACGCCGUUUUACCCUAGUGCCAGCAAUUUCCCUGUACAAGAACCGUUUACACCUAAUGGAAUUGCUCGGCAUGCCAACGACGGGUGUGUUUGCGUUCGGUUCAGCGACCGGUAGCCGUCUGCCGGAUCCGAUCUCACCGGAGCUUAUAUCGUUGGCACGUGUUUCGUCCAUGACCGAAAAGGAGCUGGAACACUACACCGCACUGGAUGCAGCGGAAAGGCAACAGUUGUGCUCGUAUCAUUCGGUUCUACCGGUCGAAUUGUGCGAACGGACUGAUCGAUGGUUGGAUAAGGUGAUGCAGAUCACGCUGCUACGCUACCGUACCACGAUUGAGGAAGAUGAAGAGCUGCUGAAAGCGAACCGUCAGAUGCAUCAUAUCCGCCGAUUGCUGAUCGAGUAUCGGCUCGAGGAGAAGCGAACGCUACGCAGCUGGGUAACGUCAAGCAAGUAA